AUUUCAGUCAAGUACGAGAAACUCAACGGCACGGUUGUGUCUAUAUCACACGCGUCUAUAUCGUGAAUAUCUUAAGCCGGAUCAAACAAAACGAACGAAACAACAAAAUUUUCAUUACGUAAAAUUCGUGAAAUUGAAACAAACACACACGCACACACACACUUCAAAGGCCAACCAGGAGCAAGUCAAUACGGCUAUAAAAAAGCUAUAUAAACACAAAAACACCAAAUACUCGCUGUAUGCAGAAUGCAUUUGUGUGUGGGUGUAUCGAGUACAGGCGGAGAAGAGAUGUGGAAAGAAAGAAAAAAACACAGAGAGGGAAAAAGAGCAGCCAUCGUAAACGAGGAAAACUUGUAAAUAUUGCAAAAACCAAACAUUCGAGCGUGAUAUUGUAGCGAAUGGUAUUCAUUUGUUAUGUGUGCUAAAUGAUGCAAAACCAAAUGUGUUUGGAUAAAUUGUGUACGUCGCUUAAUGAUGUACCAACGCUAUUUCGUCCGGGAUAAAACAGGGGAUUUUCCAUCGGAUUUCGUCGCUCUUUGAUUCGUCGGUUAAACAAAAUCUCAGUGGAUUUUUCGAUAGCGUAACGACACACCAAUUCAUUAAACGACUGUGUGUGAUGCGACAACAACAGAAACAGGAAAAAUGACCAGCAGAGCGACCAGCCGACACGAAGAAUAUCAUUCAUCGUCGUCGAAUGUUGUACGAACACUUCAUCCGAGUCGGCCCAUUUCACCGCCGCAAAAGUAUGUCGAAUACAACAACAACAAUCUAGAUAAUUUGCUAGACGAUUUAAAAACAACGGUGAAUCGUACGACUGAGCAUUUGAACUCGGCGAACACAUUGAAAUCGCGUGAUGUUCAAUUUUUAUCACCAUCGAACACGACAACAAUUGUAGAAGAGCGUUCAUCUAGCCCAGCUGGAGAAAAUCGUAAAAUCUACAAAAGCUCUCGGUAUGAAUACUCAUCGUCAAGUAGCAACACACGUGACGGUAGAAAAAUAGCCCAGCCCAAAAGCUAUGAGUCAGUUGAACCAACAACCAUAACCACUAGUACCAGCACCAAUAUAAAUCAACUAGAUAAUUUGUUGGAUGACUUGAAGCAGGAACGCGAUUAUUCAUACGAUAAAGAUGCCGGCAUUGAUUCUGGUUUACUUGAGCCAAAUACACAUGUUACAAAAACCAUCCGUACGGUGACCACGAACAAAAGUGGUUCCAAGAAUGUAAAUCGCGAAUUGAAGUUCGAUUCACCGGCAUCGUAUGAUACGCAGCAACGGAUUCGUCAACGUAGCCGCAGUCCAAACUAUCAAGAACAUAUUGAAUCGCAAAUAUUGCGUGACAUUAAAUAUGACACGGAACCCGUACUGGAUACAACACCAAAUUCGACCAUGUCUCGUACGUACAACGCAUAUUCGAAAACUGGCAACAGUUCGCGGAAUGUUGUACCAUACAAUACGGAAAUUGUGGAAAUGGACACAACCGAUUUGCCGGCUGAUUUAAAAGAUGUGCCCAUUUCGAAUGAUUUGUUACCCGGGCCAGGCACAAAAGUCACGACAACGAUCAAAACCUUCACAUAUGAAAUUCCGAACGACACAAAGAUGCCAACGAAUAAAAAUUUUUCAUACAAAAAUGAGUUUUACAAUUCAAUGAAUUCAUCGAACACUUAUUAUCCGGAACGUGAUAUUCCGCCACCAAUAAAAACAACAUCAACCGCUGUUUAUUCAAAUGAAACGAACAAUAAUACCACAUUGAACCGGACGGACAAUGUUUAUCCGCCAUCACCACAACAACAACAGCAACAGCCGCAUCCGGAUACGCUUGGUCCAAAUCAAACGUACUAUUACAAAAAGGAAGUGAAUGAAACGAAAAACAAUGUGUAUGGACGACCAAGAUCACCGGCACCAGCUCCCGCACCCGUUAAUACCACAACCUCAUUGUACGAACGCAAUGUUAGCAAUACACAAAAUGUGUAUCAUCCACCAGGUGGUAUCCCAGUCUACCCAAACAAUGCCAAUUUACCGCCGAAUCAGCCCGGCUCAAAGCAAACCUAUCUUUACAAAAAAGAAACGACAAACACAACAAAUACGAUGUAUGAGCCACCGACCGGAAGAGAAUAUUUACCACAUGAUCGCUAUGUGACCGAUCCACGUAAUGUUCCAAUCAAUCAACCAUCAUCAUCACCACCACCACAUCAUGAGCCAACCACAAAUAAAUACUACAAAUAUUCGUCUACAAGCACCACAACCAAUACGAACGAUAGACGCCACGGAGGACCGGGACCAGAUCGUGAGCCAUUAUUGGCACCAUUCCCGAUCGAUGGCAUCCCACAACAACCAUCAAGCCAAGUUGACGGUCCACCCAAGCAUCUGGGUCAAUUGCUAGCUUCAUUUGAUGAGAAUACUGGCCGAAGUGAUGAGGAACCGUACAUGCCACGAAAAGAGGUCAACACCGCAUUGGCCACCAAUAAAAGUAUACCAGUGGUUGAGCCAAAAGCUCCAACGAAAAAUAUCGCCGGACCACCGGUGUACUAUCCGCCGGGCCAGGAGUUGUUCGCGAAAAGUGAAGCUCAAGCCGCCUGGAGAGCACAGGGUGGCUAUGCCAAGGGCAGCGGUAAAUAUGAAUACGAAGCUGAGAGCAAAUCAAAGAGUACAAGUAAAUCAGGUGCUGCUGUUGUUCCGGUUUGUUUACCAUUGUGCUGUGCCAUGCCCUGUACGAUUAUGUAAAACCAUUACAUUGGUCAAAUGCAUGGCAACGAAACUAAAACCAAUGGUCAAAUGCAAAGCAACGACAAUUUGAGAUAAACAACCAUUAGAUGCUCAAUAGCACUCAAAUUUUUUGACAGCGCAUCACAUACAUAUUCUCUUUUUUUCUACCAAUUUUAUCUCUACUAACAAACGCAUUUCAAAAUAAGUUUUGUAAACCGCUAAAAUUAGUUCAUUUAAGUUUCGAUCAUUUUCAAACAGAGAGAGAAGAGAGAACGAAAACGAAAUGGCGAAUCACUAUGAAAUUGGUCGCUAGAAAAUCACUAAUCAUAUUAUUUUUGUAUAUUUGAUAUAAUCAACUAAUCCAUUUAUACUUUUUUCUUCGUCCUUUUUUUUCUACGUAUUAAUUACAUUUUGAAUCUCGCUUAAUGACGUGAGUACGAGCCCCAAAUAAACCUAGUAAUAAACACUACACUUUUUUUCCUACAACAGCACCGCACCAGCAGUCAGUCGGUGGUAAUACUGUUGAUUCUCUUUUUGUGCCAGACAAAACGAUUUGUCGAAAUAAUUUUUCUACUUUUAAUUUCUAUAUUUAUAUGAAAAAAUGCUAAUAGGUUUUUUUCUUUUCGUCUCCAACAUUUUAUUUGAUUAUUUUUCCUGAAUAAUGAACGAGCGCAAAAUUUGAUUUCAUCAUUUUAACGAAAAUUUUAUUCGAAAUGUAAUCAUUUUAUUAUUUUAAUAAAACAAAAAAAAAUUAUACGAAUUGUUGGAUAA